AUUUGUUCCCUCCCUGCCUUCCUAUCUACUAGUACUCCUACGGAAAGUCCUCAUCUAGAGAUCCAUGUAUGAUGUAUCACACUACCUGGAAUAAUAAAACUGUAGAUAAGAAUAGUGCUACAGUCUAUCUAGGUAUUUAUCUACCCUACUUAGCAUCAUGGAAAAGUCGAAUGUUUCAGGUAAAGCACUGGGCCUGCUCUGACCGGAUCCUUGAAACGCUUUUCAAACGGGAAGCUCCAGUGGGCGGGCUCCAUUCCGGUCCCCCAAAGCCCUGCACAGACCACCAGCUGGGAGGGCUGUCAUCCACUUAUCCUUCGUCGGGUUCAGCCAUCUGAUUCUAUACAAUCAUGUACUUCCAGGAACGGUGGAUUCAAUCACGAUACCAGGGUCAAUUGUAUUGAAAAAUCGUUGUUCACCGCACAUCACCCGGUUGCAGUAGACAACAGUGCCUGUUGUUUAUACUUCGUGCCCAACAGCGUCAUCCAGGAUACCCAGCAUACCCACUUCCUUGGAUACUCGGCUUCC